AUGGCUCACAUAGCCAGCUGCAUGUCAGAUGCGGAUGUCGAUCGCCUGAGCAUCGGGAGCUAUAUAGCAAGGGAAAAGCAGGCCGCUGGACCUCAGGGCAAGGGGCUGGACCCAGAGCAGGCGUUCGCUUUGGCCAUGGCACAGAACGGCGACAAGGCAGACAAACCUUGUGCAGGCGGCCUGCGCCUGAGGAUCAAGGAGCACAACCUUAUCCGCCGGCGGAAAGUCAGCGUACCAGAGUUGGGCCCUAUGACCACCGUUCACGAGGUCGCCAUGGACUCUCGAGAUUCUGGUUCCGAUAUAUCAACCACAACCAUCCCACAGCCUCAGUCGCCCAAGAACCUCCCGCCCCUCGUGAUUCCCGUCCAGACCUCCUCGCUCCCUAAACUCACGAGGCAACUCUCCCUGAGCCGUCUUCGAUCCGGUAGCACAGGCAGCGCCGAGUCCAGCAUCCGGCCUUCACGAACAGAGGAAUCUCCCCGAACGAGAUCUCCCUACACACCGCACUCCGCCUCUAUUACGGCUAGCACACCCAUGUCCUCGGCGCCGUCUUCGACCUUCUCCAACUCUAGCCUACCAACACCUGUAUCAGGUAAUACCGAGCCUCGAGCUUCCCCUAAACCGUGGAAAGGAGAAGGCAACCCGGCCGGGCUUGAAACACCCAAGGAGCAGGGCACCGAGUUUGUACAGAACAUGGCUACACCAAGGUCGGCAGUGGAGCCCCGUUCUGCCUCCAGCUUCUCCACUCAUCGGAGGAAUGUGUCAGAGAGCGGUAGUGUCACCGCCAGCAUCAUGGACCGUGGACGCCCGAGGAAGAGGAACGACGGACUCAAGAGGUCAGCUUCCAAGACCAGCAAGAGUGCUGAGCGUCGUGCCUUCGAGACCCUGCCCAAGGGCUGGAAGGUGACCGACGCCGCACAGAUGCUCGAGCAGGCUGAGAGGGCUGCCCUUCAUAAGCAGGCUAUGCAGCAGGCCGCCAGGUUCGAGGUGAUGAGGAAGGAGGAUGUGGACAGUCUGUCCAGGGAACUGAGGAACCUGGAUGAGCGCACGGAGUACCUGCGCCGCACGUAUCACUCACUGAGGGCUGGACGUCGAAACCUGCACUCCCGUAUCUGCCAAUACCUACGAUCUCCUCGCAUGGCCAAGUUCAGCCACGACUCCAUGCUUAAGCAAGAGGAGGCACUUGCCGAACUCGACUCCUCCAUCGACGACUGGGUCAACAAGCUCGAGCAGGCUGAGAACCGCCGUACUCGAAUCCGGCAGAAGCUUCUGGAACAUGUUGCUGCUGCCGUGACCUUACCCGUCUCGGGGGCUGUCGGUGUCAGUGAGAGCCUCCAGCUUGCCUUGGGUGUCGGCGCCGCUCCUCCAACCGCGCCUACUAACCUGUCCACGCCCCCACGGUCCCCUGUCAAGAGCUCAUUCACUCCUCGUAUCGAGUCUUCAUCGCCCUCGCCCCAGCGUGUGGUUGCUCAGGUACCUUCGACCAUCAUCGAGCAGCCUGUUGUUGAGAAUGCCGCCACUGUCGGUCUCGGUAUCAACCAGACCGGCGAGAAGCAACCCCCGGCCAAGGAGAAGGAGACCAUUCAGCACCCUCUUUCUGGCAUGAGGCGUGCUGACGUCGAGUCCAUUCGUAUCUACGCUGGAGAUGAGGUUGCCGCCCUGCUUGCUGACGUCGAAUCUCAAAUGGACCGGAUGAGCAGAGCUGCCGAUGACGCUGCCGCCCUCAGAGGGAAGGACACCUGCGUGCCUGACUUGCCCGAGCUCAACGCCAACAUGUCCGAGGAGGAGCGCAAGCAGGUUCACCGCCAGCACAGUCACGAGAAGCUGCAAGGCGCCCCCACGACAUCCUCCUCAAGCUCCAGUGCCGAGACCGUCACCGGCACCACGACGACCAAGUCGUCUUCGCCGAACUCCACGCCCCGCACUGCGACGCCGACUGCUACCGAAACCAAGGAGCCGGCAGCGGGCGAAUUCCUUCUCACCAAUGCUGUCUUCAAGCCUUAA